AUGGAUGCGAAUUCUAUUGGGGCCGGAUUUACUCAGCGAGUGCAUGACGAGGAGGUGGGGGAAAGGGAGAGUGAGGAGAAUAAAGGGCCGCUGACAUGUUGUUUUAAAGAACUACACGAGAUAACGAAGAGCGAAGUUUCGGUGUUAGGCCCUGCCACACCGUUUGAAGUCACUCAUUCGGUCUCGUCGUCUUUUUUUGCUGUUUCUCAUAACGAAGGGGAAUGUCAUCUGCACGACCGCAUCGAUCAGUAUUACGACGACCGACACACGGUACCUUUUUCCAUCGAGGAGGAAACAUUUCCGGUGCCCGUGAGUCUUCCAGAAGAAAAGUGGAUCCCUGGAAAACCGCUUCGAAUUUCAUAUGUUAGCUGGAACAUGGCUCAUAGAAGACCCAAUUUUGAGGAUGUUGCUGGGCACUGCAUUCACCCUAAUGCACACAUUAUUGCUGUGUGCACGCAGGAAAAUGGGAGUUACGUGCGAGUUAAAAAGGAGCAACGCCAAUGGGAAAGACAUGUUCGACACAAUUGCCUUCAUGGGGAAUAUGUACUUGUUGGUCGUAAGGAGCUGUGGUACAUACAAUUGCUUGUGUAUGCACGUAAAAAAGAUGUAGCGUCGUACGUUGGGUAUUCGGAUGCCUCAAGUGUGAAAACAGGAAUUGCUAAUGGGCUCGGGGGCAACAAGGGAGGGGUUGCGGUGGCGUUGUCUAUCGCCAUGACGGUCUCGCCCUUGCAGAUGGUUCCGGGAAGAAGAAAGGGCGAGAACACUUCUCACACGGAAGGGAGCACGUCGUCGGUUUUCUCACCUAGAGAAGGCGGUCCAUGCUCCGUGCAUGUAGGUGACGAUGUUAAUUUUGAGGCCAGCGCGCCACCACGCAUUACUCUACUUUUCGUUGGAGCUCAUUUGUCUGCCCAUCAAAAGGGUGUGCACAUGCGGAAUAAAGAUUAUAUUUCCAUUGUGCGAUCGUUGCGCGUCGGGUCUCAAGGCCGCCACAAGGCACUUUUUAGGGAACGAUUUUUGCACGAGUGUCCGUUUAAUGAAGAAUUGAAAGACGUGGACGGGGGUGACAACAACGAGGUGUUGGUGUCAGGAUGUGGGAACGGUGUGGGCGACGAGUGUGGCGAUGUCGAGUGCAGCAGUGACCUUUCACUCAUGCGCCUUCCGGUUGCCCAAAGUAAUUUUGACUCUCGGCUUUAUCGCGAUGUCACGGACGAGUUCGAUCUUGUCUUUUUUGGUGGGGAUCUCAACUAUCGCAUCAACGGCACACGCAAGGCGAUUGAGUACAUCAUCAAAAACCACAAGGAUGUCCGCUCGAUUCUUGUCCAUAAUGACCAGCUGAAUCUUGAGCGGGCGAAGGGCCUUGUUUUUCGUCGAUUUUAUGAGGGGAAUCUUUUGUUUCGUCCAACGUACAAGUACGAAAUUGCCCAUGACGCGUACAAUUACACAAAGAAGAAGGAUCGCAUGCCGGCGUACUGUGAUCGUGUUCUUUACAAGAGAGGACAGGGCUCUAGGGCCGGGAGGGUACGAAUACGUCUCUACACGGAUGUACAGCACCUUCGGACAAGUGAUCAUCGGCCGGUAGUUGCCAUAUUUGACCUUGCGACGUGUGCGCAUUUACCGUCUUUUCCACGUUGA